AUGCCAACCCGGAUCCACGACACCCAGCAGCAAUGGAUCAAGAACGAGACGGCUGGCUGGCUACUAGCCGGAUCAUUGACGCGUGCCGAAUAUGAAAUUCUCGAUAUCGCAGCUGGGAGCAGGUUUGAGAAUUUCCAAGCCCCCUACUCUGCGUCUUCAAAAGAGCCCGAUCUUUGUAUCUGUCCGAAUACACAACCCCUUCCCCAAAUAGUGAUUGAAACGGGCUGGCCUGAAAGCUGGCCUCGACUACAUCAAGAUGCGGAUUUGUGGGAUGAUGGACGCGUUGCUAGUGCUAUUGAGCUAUUUGGCCGAGACUCUGCUAGGAACGUACGGCUUCAGCAGACAGAGAGACCAACCCCCCUUACCCCCGCAAGAUCACAUCUAAACUCAAGCCUGCGUCCCUGCGAACGCCCGAAAGUAUGCCAAGGAUUCAAGGGGACCAAGAUUUAUGGCGGCGACCUCCGUAUUAACAUGAAUACCAUGCAACAGGAUAUUUUCCCUGUUCCCAUCACUGGGGCGCCGCAAACACUACCAAUUACCCGCCGCCAGCUCUUUGGAGCAUACUUGCUCGCCGGUCGAAACGGAAAUGACGGGUUUCAGCUGUCCGUUGAGAACCUCCGUGCAAUUGCUACGCAAAGGAUCCAAGCAAUGGGCCUGACCCCAGCUUGA